AUGAACAACCCAGUCAAAUACCUGGUGACCGGUGCGUCCAGCGGUCUGGGGGGUUCUGUUCUAGCCACGCUAUAUAAAAACGUCUCUGACCCAUCACAGAUUGCAGCUGCAUCCUCCAGGCUCGAGACGGGCCAAAGUCUCCAGCAGGAUUAUCCUGGGAUCCAAUUUCGACGACUCGACUACAAUGAUCCAAAGUCACUUGUGGAGUCGCUGGCUGGUGUCGAACGUUUCUUCUUCGUCUCCAGCCCUGAAGUGAACACCGAGAAAAGGAACAAGCAGCAUGAACGAGUAGUUAAGGCCUCUGUCGAAGCAAAGGUCGGCCAUCAGAGUAUGUACUCUAUUACUCUGGGACCUUUUAUACCGAGUAAAAUGGGCAAUCUGACCAUAGCUCCAUCUAGGUCUGGGUUACCUUAUACCUCUGUCCGUGAAGGAGUGUAUAUCGAUGCCUUCCCUGUCUUUGUAUUCUGGUAUCCAAAUACAACUACCAUAUAUCUCUCUGGCGACGGCCCUGUUGCCUUUGCUUCUCGGGAUGAACUGGGUGAAGCCACUGCUCAACUCAUGCUACGUGAUCCAGAGGGCUUGAAUCUGAAGAAUAACAUUGCCUUACUCACCGGGCCACGAACUUACAAGCUAACGGAUGUCAUCAAUGCCGUGUCUGAGGUUACUGGCAGGCAACUUGAGAUCGAACACGUGUCAAAGGAUGAAUUCCCUCGCAUUAUGGUCUUGGAGGAUGCCAGAGAAGGCAGAGGGCGGAAAUCAGAAGCCUUCUUCAGGAGCUGGCAAAGCCUGGUGGAGUCUAUGGAAAAAGGGGAUACUGCAACUGUGGACCCCUUGAUGGGUGAGUUAUUAGGAAGACAGCCGCGAGAUGCUCUGGAGUAUGUGAAGAAACUGGUAAAGGAUGGAGCAGAUAAGGGGGGAUAUACAUGGCAUCAAAAUUAUUAA